UGCUUUUGAUUUGCUGCGUUUAGGAUUGCAGCAAAUCAUUUUACUUUAGGAUGGACGAAGUACACUUUAUCUCGAGUUCUUUCAAAACCGCUCGGUUAGCAAACAUGAAAUGGCAAGUUUGUUUUGCCCUGAUUUUAUCACUUGUGUGCUCUGCCGCCCGGGAGCAGCUCUACUUCACCGAGGGCCAGUCCUUGAUACUGCGGCCUGAAAUUACAGGACACGUCGAGAGCCUAGAGUGGAAGCGGAACCAUAGUCUUUUGGUCGAGUGGGACGGAAGCAGUUUGCUUUUUUCCAGCAAAGACGUGAAAAACCGAACCACCCUGGACGUCACAAACGGCACGCUGGAGAUCUCGGAUGCGGUCGCGUCAGACGCGGGCAGGUACACGCUGUCGCUCAACAACGUGGAGCUGGAACAGGUCUUCGAGGCCAUAUUGGUCCUCCGCCUGGACAUGCCGGAAGUUCACGUUUGGCCGUUAAAGUGCACGUGCCGUUCCGACAACUGUACGCUACAUUGCGGCAAACACCAUAUUGACGUGGGGCCCGUCAACUAUUCUUGGAGAACCCAACCUGGAGGCGAAACGCAAAUUGGAGAAAGGGACAAACUCAUCGACCGGACCACCAGCACGAUCGCCAACUUCUCGUGCGUGGUCACGAACCCAGUGGACCGGAAGGUGAGUGACCCUAUCGACAACCCUUUCUACCAAUGCGACAAUCGGAGCACGGACAAUGUCGUGGUAUUGCACGUCUACUUCACAGCGGGCCAGUCCUUGACACUGCGGCCCAAAAUUACAGGACAGGUCGAGAGCCUAGAGUGGAAGCGGAACCACACUCUUUUGGUCGAGUGGGAUAGAGGCAAGUUGCUUUUUUCCAGCAACGACGUAAAAACGCGAACCACUCUGGACAAUAAAACCGGGGCGUUGCAGAUCUCGGCCACAGUCGCAACAGACGCGGGCUUGUACACGCUGUUGGUCAACAACAUGGAGCUGGACCAAGUCUUUGAAGCUACUUUCAUCCGCUGCCUGGACACGCCGCAAGUGUACGUGAGCCCUUUGGCGUGCACGUCCCGUUCCGACAGCUGUACGCUACAUUGUGGCAAACGCCUUACAGACGUGGGGCCCGUCGACUAUUUUUGGAGAGCCUUACCCGGUGGUGAAAUGCAAAAAGGAGGAUGGGACAGACGCAUCGACCGGAUGAACAGCACCGUCGCCAAAUUCUCAUGUGUUGCUGUGAACGCGGUGGACCGGAAGGAGAGCGACCCGAUCGACAACCCUUUCUACCGGUGGCACAGUUUGAGUGCGGACAGUAUCAUGGGAAUGGUGGUCAUUCUGGUUAUUUUGGUUAUUUUAACAAGACGGCAGGUCUCGGAAGACGAAUCGGAAGGCGAAGCGAUGAACCGUCUACCGAACUGUCCUGAGGAUGCCACGGAGAUGUAAAAGCCGCUUCUUUUGUAUCGCUCUACGUCGUCGUCUCAUACAGUGUAUCACAAAAGUGAGUACACCCCUCGCAUUUCUGCAGAUAUUUAAGUAUAUCUUUUAAUGG